CGAAAAAUACCGGUUUGAAUGAAUUUAAAGUUUCCUCCCCGCCAAAUUAGAUUUAGGUGUUGGUAAAUUUCUUGAACGUUCCAUUACAGUACCUGCAUACUUACAGGGUGACAGCUGGAUUAUUUUCAUUGUUUUAUUAUACUGAUGUGUAUUCGUCGUUUUCUCGAUAUUUUUGAGCAACUUUAACUACUACUUACAAGUUUUUGAAAUUAUAUUCAGGGGAGCUUGUAACCGAGAUACUUUUUUUGUGAGAAUGGGGUUGGGGUGGUAUUUCUUCCAAGACCAUUCAUUCUGGUGUUGAGAUUUUGUGGGACAUCUUGAAAAUUAUCAAUGAAUGUUCUAAACAGCCACCGCUGCUUGGUAUGAUGAAUGAUGUCCAAAUGGAAGUUCAACAACGCCAAGAACUAGAAGUGAUCGAAGUCACGUCAGAAGUGUACGAUAUUUUGCAUCCGACACCAGUUUCACUGAAACAACUAUCAGCAAUCGCCACUAGUCGAGAAAUAUGGCGGAGUAAAGUGAAUGAAUAUCGCACAGGUAGAAAAUUGGAGAAUUUUAACCCAUGCAGGCUGCACAGAGAAACCACCUGGAUGAAAACUAUGCUUCCUGAUUUACCGUCCACGAUUUACGAGACAAUCGAAGAAGUUGUCUCAAGAUUUGGGCAUUCGAUGGAAGCUUGGCUAACUCAGCAUUACCAAACAGGAUUUCGUUUUCAAUACACUGAUGAGAACCACGUUUUAGAAGACUUCGAUAAUUUUUCGUGCGAUUAUGACGGCUCUAUUCAUUAUGUCAGAACAGCAGAACGUAUGAUGCAUUGUGAAGGCUUCAAUUUAGAAACGAAGUUUAUAGUCGCUUGUAUGUAUUUCUUCGAAGACGAUAUAAGACGAAUUUGGCCAUCUGUAUCGAGAAAAAUGAACUUAGAUUUGAUUGAUUUUUACUAUUACCCGCAAUGCUAUUACUGGAUUUGCCGUCUCUCGAAUAAACUAGACAAAAUACGAACCUGGGGUGGUCAAAGUGUUGACGAAAGAAUGUUUGGAAGGUUCAUGUCUUGUAAUAGACCUUCGGUCGAGUAUUUUUGGAAUCGCUUACCUCUCGAAAAGCGAAUGCAAGCUAUUGAUGCCCUUGGGUAUUAUGAAUUUGUUAGAUUCAUUUUACCAAAACUAAACGACGAGCAGCUCGAUAAAUACGUCAAUGAUGAGGAUGGUGAUCGCUUAUAUGGAAUGUUUCUAAACCUGCAUUGCGAUGAAUGGGGCAUUCUGAGAACUUGGUUGCACAUUAGGAACAUUAUAAAGGAAAGUAAUUUUACCAAUCUUAUUAUUCGUAUGUUUCUAGUUGAGGAUGGUGAAGGUGAGUACCACCAACAGGAAAAGUGGAAAUAUUUGUGUUGUCAGAUAUGGAACCAUACGCCGCUUAAUUUAAAACAAUCGAUGAUUAGUGUUAUCUCAUCCGACAACAGCUGGUUCGAAGGUACCAAUAUUAACUAUGGUCAUUAUGAAUUUGACGAGAUGAACGUCGAGUUGCUAUUGGCCAUUCUGCAGGAUGCAUCUUUGAAUGAAAGACAUUCAUUCUGGCGUAAUUGCUGGAGUGAUUUAAUUGAACCAGUUCGAAGUAAAAAUUUGCAACGAGUAAUGGAAUCUAUUUUUGAGAACGAAGAUGAGAUUAAUCAGUUCAAGCAAAACGUCAUGAUUAGCAGCGAAGUUGUCCUUGAACUUUGCGGUUCAUUAUUUAGAAAAAAAUAUUUUGUCGAAUUGAAUGCCUUUGUGAGUUUCUGUUGCCCGGAACCGCAGGCAGCGAACAACUUUAGAGAACAAAUACUGCAGUCAGUUUUUCUCGGUGAAGAUUGUUAUCUCAGGAGUGCGAUUGUUUGUGAAAUCGAGAAAUUUACCGAAUUGGUCAAAGAUGUUUCUGCCGAUUUUAAAAAUCGACUCAUCUCGUCGCCUAUAUUCAUGGAGCGUUUAUCAAACAUUAUUUGCGCAGGACUUAUUUCUUCGAAAACGAUCAUCAAAUUUAUCGAUAAUACCCUUGUUUCGACGGAAGAAACUGUAAUGCAAGUCAAAAUGAGUUUGAUCGAUUCGUUGAAAGAGUAUUUGACUGGGAAUUCAUGGAACAGUGGUGAUAUAUUUCGCAAGAAUGUAUUCAACUCGGUUUUGUUUUGGUGCUUGGGAAGUAAUGAAGAAGUUGAAAAAUUCAAACUGAACUGCACUUCGUUGUAAAGGCAGAUAGCCAUAAAAAUCAAGUCAGAGAAUGCGUUAUUUUUUUCUCUCAUCUAAGUUAUGUUAGGUUUUUUAUGUACUUAUUUUUUAUUAUUUUCAUUUAAUUUACUAAUUACCUAUCAUGAUUGUAUUUUGGUUGUGUUGUGAAGUAAAGUAAAACGGUAUAACGUAUGAUUGAAAUUGUUGAAGGAAAAUGUUUCAAUUUCUUGAAUAGUAAAUCAUUCAUUUGUUUUUUUGUUCCGAACAAUUUUCGUGGCAUUUUAAAGGAUUUUAGGUAUUAAUUCUCAAUUUGUUUUCAUUAUUUUUUACUCGAUAUUUGAAUUUUCUUCCACAUGUAAGACGUAAGUAUAGUUAUUCUUGAUUAAUACAGCCUAUUUUUCAAGUUGAAAUUGUCUUCAACUUGAAAAUUCUUUUUGCAUUUUUAAAAAAAAUUUACUUAAGCUAAUAAUAUUUUAAUUUUUUUCUAAUACUUAGGCCUAAUUUUGAUUGAUUUUUUUUUUUUUGAAUACCUACUCAAGGUAAUCAGAUAACUAUAAUGCUAUGAAAAAUGAUUACCUAAGUAUAUAAUUUUCGAAAUAUA